UUUCAAUUAAUGGUCCCUGAGGUAUUGUUUAUACAAAGUUUAGAAAAAUGAAAGUGUGUUUGUGUCAAAAUGGCUGUGAUCUGGACGUUGGCUGGAGCGGCAACAUUCGUAAAGAUCCUUUUCAUGCCAGCAUAGUAAGAUUUAUAAUACAAUUCUAAUUAUAUUAACAUUUCGGCUAAAACCGAGGAAGGCUGCCACGGCGUCUUUUGUGUCUUUAUUAUAGUUGCAGUGAAUUAGGGUUUAGGUUAGGUUUAGUUUAGGGAUCGAUUUAGGCUUUAGGUUCAGGUUAGGCAUGGGCAUGGGGAUAGAUUUAGGAUUCAGGUUAGGCAUAGGGAUCGAUUUAAGGAUACAUUCGUGAAAUUCUAUAAAAAUGUGGCAGGCUCCCCAUUUUAACCAAAAUUUCAAUUAUGACUCCCCUUUAAUAAUGUGCAAAGUUAAAAUUUACUUAUUUGCUUUUCAAAUAAAAUCAACCACGACCACUUAUCACUUUUAUUUUUAUUCUCAACAAGUUAUUCUUGCAUUGCUUAACUUUAUAAUACUUUGUGGUAAAUGCAAAGAGAUAGCACCGCGUUUUUUUUACCAUGGCGAACUUAUGUCCCAAAUUUAUCCCUUAACCUACUAACCUGAACCCUAAAGUUAAACUUAUCCCUAAACUGGGUUUUGACCCUAUCGGAACCAGGGACAAAACACGCAAAUGACGUCAGGGUGCUAUCUCUUCACAUCAGCCUACUUGGUUUAUAAACUUUCAGUAUCUUAUUCAUAUUCUUCUACUUUACACUUAUGACUUAUCAUAACUACAUUAGCCAGUUAGUUAGCUAGCCUAAGUCGCACUCACACACAGUGCAGGCUUAUUCUCUAUUUUUGUUUUUCCAUAAUAGUUUCAAUGAAUAUUGAAUAUAAUAGCAAUAGUUUCAAAUGAAUGAUGCAACUGUAUUUCCUUGUCCAGUGCUGAAAGGAGUGAAAGACAGAUUCAGAUAAUUUUGGCUAAUGGUUUUUAUGAUUUAGGUUAGGUUUGCAGAAAAAAAAUUUUUGAAUUGACUGAGUCUAGACUAGGUUUUUUGUAGUUUAUAUUUUUUCCUGUUAUUCACAUCAGCAACAAAGGUUAGUGGCCAAAGAAAUAAAAGUAGUGUCAACAUGGUGUGAAAUUUGUUUACAAGUAAAUUUAAAUUAACUCCUUUAUACUGUUAGGGCUGUGCCAUACAACUUAUCUGCAACAUCUGCUUGCUCCUCUGAUAUCUGGGUAGGUAAUUACGCAAUAAUAGUUGUAAAUCUACACCAUCCACCCACUCUCAAAAAAUGUUACCCUCUUCCCUAAUUCUCUUAACUUAUCAUUUUAAUAAUUAAAAAACAGAAAUAUUAAAUUAAGUUUUAUUAGUUGUUAAUCACAAAAAAUCUAACAUAUUUUUCAGUCGCUCAACAGAUUUUGAAGUGCAUAGAAACUGGCUAGCUAUUACACACAGUCUUCCAUUGCGUCAGUGGUAUGUCGAUGUAAGUCUUUUUAUUUUUAUGAAAUUUUGAUCAGAAGGAUAACAUUACAUGCAUAUUGAAGCUUCAAUCAGUUAUAAUCUAGAUUCAUUUAUGAUUGAUUAAAUGCCUAGGAAAAUUUUGAAUAUAUACUACAUGCUUGGUGAUUAUAACUAAAUGAAAGGCUCAGGUCAUCUUGCUUCAAGUUUGCACAACUUCUGCUGUAGACUUGUUAAAUGUUGUUUGUAUUUCAUUUUUGAAUCUUCAUCAUGUAUCAGAAAUCUAUAAUCGUAACACAUUAAUUCAUUUCAAAACAAAUCUUCUGCAGUCUAUGACAGUUCAUUAGACAAAUGAAUUGGUAUUCUAAAUAAAUAUAGUAGGCUACUUCAUGGUGCCCAUAUUUUCAGUCUUGGGAGAUCUUGGUUAAUUCAGAAAUGUUUUACCAGGCUAAAGCUGGUUUUUUAUGACAUAAGUAUAUGGGAAAAAUUUUGCUAUUUGUUGCACAAAACUUCAUUCACCUGUGCUGGCAGCCAUAAAUUCACAAUGUUAAGAAAACUCUUGUGGAUAAAGUGUACACAUUUUUUGACCAACUAGAUAAUUUAUUUAAAGUGUUAAUUGACUCUUUGGUGAAUUUUUUUGUAACCCCUUAAAAGUAUUUACAAUGCUUUUUUUUUAAUCUGUGACAACUGACAGCCAUAAAUAACUAGUAUAAUUAUAAUUGAUAUUUUUAUUAAUUUUGCUAGCACAUGAAACUGUCUUUUAUUCAUUAAUCCUGUUUUAUUUAUCCUUUAGGAAACCUCUCAAUGGACACUAGAUUAUCCUCCCUUAUUUGCUUGGUUUGAAUACAUCUUAUCUUUAUUUGCCGUGAACUUUGACCCGAAGAUGCUAGAGGUCUCUAAUCUCAAUUAUGCCAGUGAAGGAACAGUUUUGUUUCAGAGACUAUCAGUGAUUAUGACAGAUUUUGUUUAUUACUAUGCAGUUAAAGAGUAAGUUGAAGUUCAUUAAGAUAUGCUGUUAAAAAGAUAAGUGGGAAUUGAUUAUUUUGUUGGAUUUCAAACUAAUGAAAAAUAAAAUUUUCUUUCAGAUUCCAAACUAUCAACAUCCUAUCGAAGCACAGUCCUAGAGAAAAGGAUAGAUUUAGCACAACUAUUCAAUCAAUUUUUCUUAUUUUCAACAUAGGUCUUUUCAUAGUUGAUCGUAUCCUUAUUACUAAACACUGCAAUUUUUAAAAAAAAGCUUUUUACUCUUUGUUUUUAUUAUAUUUUAAAAAUAAAAAUUGAUUUUUUUUUUUUGUAUGAAAAUGGAAAUCAAUUAAAUUACAGUUUUUAAAAGUUUUAUCUUACACUGUUUGAACCAGACAUACAUUUCCAGUACAACGGAAUCCUUUUUGGUAUCAUGCUACUGUCCUUGAUAAGGAUUUUACAGGUUAUAAAGUUUAUACAUUUUUUAAUUGUACACUAAAGUUGAAUUAUUUCUAUUACUAUAACCAUUUCUGAUACUUAUAAAUAUAUAUUAAAAUAAAAACCAAUAGUUUUGUGUUUCUUGCCAUCACCACAGAAAGUUGAAAUUUCGGUUAGUUUAAAAAGGGAGCAAUAUCAUUGUUAGAAAAAUUAUACCUGCUCAAAUGUAUGGAAACCUCAUUCAUUUUAAAACAAUUACAAGGUUAUAAGGAAAAUAAAAUUUGAUGCGACUUAUAUUAUUUGAUCACUAUUGAUUUGACUUAAGUAAAAUUAGUUAUUUUGUGGAUAUUUUCAUCUAAUACUACUUUUCUGAAGUUUAAAAUUGAAUUUUUUCACAGGGCAAGACUCUAGAAGGUGCUUUCUGGUUUGCUUUUCUAUUAAACAUGAAGCACAUCUUUAUGUACAUAGCACCAGCCUACUUCAUCUACUUGCUACGGACAUUUUGUUUCCAAGGUAAGGCAUAGCUUCAAGAAAUUGAAAUUUAUUUUUUAAUGCUAAAAAUUAAGAAGAAACUGAGAUGAAAAAUUAUCAUGGUCUUCGUUCAAAGGCAAAUGCUUCAUUUCAGGAGUAAUGUUUCAAUAUAUUUUCAGUUGUUAAUUAUUAAAUUUACAGUCUUAAUGCAAAUUAUUUAAGUGCAACUUUACAUUUUAAUGGACAAACAUUGUGACUUUAAGACAGAUAAUUUUUAGUUUAAUAGAACUGGAAAUUUCUUUUAAUAUUUUCAGCUGAUAAGCCUAUAUCAUUGACCAGAUUUUCCUUUUUCAACUUCGCUUGCCUUGGUGCUGUGGUCAGUGGGGUUUUUGUAUUCUCCUUUGGACCAUUUAUUUAUUUUGUAAGUAUUCAACUUUGCAGACUGAAACACCAUAAUUCCAUAUUGUAUCAAUUUAAAUCAAAAGUAUGUCUUUGGUAAACCUUACCCCAUUCAUUUUUUAAUUAUAGUUGAUAAGAGAAUAAAUGUAAACUCUCUAAAGACUAGAUUUUUCCGUUUUUUUAUGACCUUGAAUACAUCUUAUUAUUCAAUGUAUCUCAUGGCUGUAAGUAUUAUAUAUCAUUUUAAAGAUAAAUGGAUGCUCUUUAAUUGAUAUUUGGUGUUUGUUCAAAAUAUCCUUGCUAAAAUUGCAUUAUUAUUAUUUUUAGGCAAAAAAAUAAUUUUUUUAAGUCGACAAAAACAUAACAUCACAGCUUUACAAAGAAGGGGGAAAAAAAGGUGUUUUCAAUUAUGGCAAUACUAUUAUACUUAUCCAAAAUUUCAAAAGAAUAGACUCAUAAAUAAAAAAGUUAUGACUAUUUGUAGACAACAUAUCAUUCAAGGAAAUGUCAAAAAGUUAAAAUUAUUUUUUUUAAAAUAAUUAUUUUUGUUCAAAGGAAAACAUAUACUGCAUGAAAUUAUCAUUUAGAAAAUUAUUAGUAAGUAUUAUUUUAAAAUAAAAGUUAAGAAAAAAAGCACAUUUUAAUAAACAUUUUUUAUACAUCCCAGAGAUGAUCUAAUCCUUCGCCGAGACGAUGUAUAUAAAAUUCUUGAAAACAAUUUCUUUAUUUAUUAAAACAUAAAAAUGUAUCAAAAACAAAGCCUGUGACAUAUACUCUGACCAUUUUACUCUUGCUUUCAUAACACAGAAUUACUGGUACAUUUUUUAGAGCGCACGACAUACAUUUUUUUUAUCUUUACAGCAAUGGGUUCAUCAUCAAAGAUGUCCUAUGCUCCCUAAAUUGUUCAUUAAUUGCAACAUUUUCUUGAUGCUGAUACAGUUCUUGUAUUUUGCAUUGAGUUACAUAAGAGUCUCCUAAUUUUGCACAGCAUGUCUUCUUUAGUUUCAGAAUCAGAAACAUUUAGGAAACUCAAUAUGGCUUUGAAUAUGUCCCUAGUCAUAUUGGCCUUGCUCAUUGUCCGUGUAUAAGGAUUUCCUGGACCUUUCUUGUAAAAUUAAGAGCUUAAAUAAGUCCUGCAUUCAUAAUAAAUCCAAUUUAAACGCCUCUUCAAUGAUAUUAUACCAAUACCAAUUAUUGAAAACAGAAAGUUUAUUUGGUCCAUUGUCCUGCGCACACUGCUUACUAAUAUGCAACCAAAUUUGUAGUAAAAUAGAGUUUAAAAAAAAGUCUAUUUGCUUUUAAAAUCUCCUUAUAUCCUGUGUUGUUUUAACAUCAGGGAGCAGUAUGCUUUGUACCUCUGGUCUCAAGGCAGAAAUCCACUUAGAGUCCCACAGUCAUUGUAUCUGUCCUUCAUAGAUGCUGUCAAAAUAUUUUUUUAAAAAUAUUUAUUAGUUUAGCUGAAAUACAAAAUUUACAAUAUAAAUAAAAAGAUUUCCAAAUAGAAAAUAAUCUGCCAAAAUUACUUUUACUUCAUGGAAAAGGGAACACAGCUGAUUGUUUACAAUGUAAUAGCCUUGAAUUUAAUACAUACGGCAUUGUUUACAUUUUGGUACCGUAACUGAAACAUAUUAAUUAUAAUAAUUUUAUAACUUCAAAUUAGUUUCAAUUAAAACAAAUAAAUAAUUCAAUCUGUUUAAGAAUUUUAUACUACUGGAACUUGAAUAAAGCUAAUAUUAGGGCAAAUAUUACUAAUAAUAGUGCUAAGAAAUUAUCACAGUAUGCGUGAGAGCAUAAAUGAAAAAGUAAACAAACCUUGUAUACUAUUAUUAAUUAUUAUGAUAAUAAUUUAAAGAUUCUCUGUAUCAGACACAUCUAAAGUGUUAUCUUCAUCAAAAAUCUUCCUCUAAGGAAGAAUUGUUGUCCAUUUCAAGCUUAUAAUCAGAAUCAGACUCCAUAACAAUGCUUAAGUGUGUAGUAACAGUCUACCUUGUCGGUCUUUUGGCAAAACAUGUGAAAAUUGUAUAAUGCGGCGAAAAAGGAAAUUCAUGAAUGGACAAGUUGCUACCAGGUUUCUUCAAGAACUUGUAGUAUAAUUGAUUUUUAUUUAUUUCCAAAUAGAAAUUUACCAUGCCAAAAUAGUAAAUCUUUAUUUUCCCCUUUAAUAUAAAUGUUUUAUACAUUUAAGGGGUUGUUUUUUUAUCUGUCAGAUAUGACAGAUUUUUCAAUCUCUUGUCUUUUGAGAGUUUAAUUAUUUAACAUAUAUUUAUAAAAUAAAGAAAUAAAAUUGAUUCCUUUGUUUCAUAUAUUCUACAAUUCCAUUACAAAAGUAACCGAACCCAGUUCAAUAAUAUAUACCAUGUCAAAGAAAUAAUUUGAAAUUUAUGUUUUUACCUUCUCCAGGGACAAUUUAUCCAAGUUAUGUCUCGCUUAUUUCCAUUUAAGAGAGGUUUGCUACAUGCAUACUGGGCACCCAAUUUCUGGGCCCUUUAUAGUGGACUAGACAAAGUUUUAACAAUUUUUGGUAAGAUCACUUGGAAAAAUAUUCUUUGAAAUGCUCGUGCUAAAAUAUUAUUGAUUUGAAAUUUUUAAAUUAUUCAUGGUACUUGUCUUAAAUGUUUUUAUUUUCCCUUUCAGGUCUAAAACUUGGUAUUUUAAAUGCUGGAAAGGUGCAAUCAGGCUCCAUGACCUCAGGACUUGUUCAAGAGUACAACCAUACAACAUUACCCAGCAUUCCUCCUGGCUUCUCACUGCUUUUGGUUGUCUUUGGAAUGAUGGUGUGUUAACUCUUUCAUUUCUUAGCAAUGUUGACAAAAAAAAAUUGUUUAUUUAUUUAUAAAGUUUAAAAAUUGUGUUCUAUACAUCUAAUCUAUAAUAUAAUCAAAAUACACUAAUGAUUUGGAAAAGUUUUAUUUUAAAAUUGAAAUAUCCAGGAAGGCAAAUGUCAUAAUUUUGAAUUCAUAUCUUUCUUUUAGUUUAGCAGAACAAAUGUGAAUCUGGAUCUAGCAUGUUUAUUUGUUAUGAUUCAAAUGUGAAAUAUAUUAGUGGUUGAUGUAAAUUUUCUGUUUUUAGCCUGCGCUGUUGAAUUUGUGGAACCAGCGAACAGUCGUGUCAUUCUUACGUACAGUCAUCCUAUGUGGACUCACAUCCUAUCUCUUUGGCUGGCAUGUUCAUGAAAAAGCUAUUCUCAUGGCUAUCAUUCCUAUGGCGUACGUUUAUAAUAUCCGUGGGAUUGUUAUUGUAAGCUUAACGAAUUAUUUUAGUUAAAGGGUGAGGCAUAUUACAGGCUCUUAAAAAUUAAUGCAUAACUUGUAUAUUUUUAACUGAAUCAUAUUAACUAAGAAAACUUUUUGUUAAGAUCUGUUAAGAUGAAGUUGCUUGUGUCACCCUAAUCAUCAUUAGGAAAUUUGUUUUCUCUCUGAUAUACUAAUGAUUUGAAAAAAUAAGUCGUAAACAGUCAUACAAGCUGAAAUGUUUAUUGGCUGUCUUUAUGAACUGACCAAUGCAUUACUUGUACAUUCGUCUCUUAAGAUCAAGGAAUUUGCUAUUUUUUUAAAAUAAUAAUUUCAGAUUAUUAGUUCUGAACAGUAAAGCAGAUGCUAGGAUCUACCUGAUACUGUCCACCGCAGGAUUCUACUCACUAUUUCCUCUGUUGUUUACACCAAUGGGUGAGGUUUAUUAUAUUCUUAAAGCACCUUACAAUUGUCUUUAAUAGCCUAGCAUUGCCUUUUCCCACAUUAAAAAUCAUGUUGUUAUUUUCACUAAUUUAAAUGAGCCUAUUAUUUGCUUAUGUUGAAAUGGGUUGAAAGACUUUGACAUUGUAUGCUUGUAAUUAGUUUUUGUAGUGUUGCGUUUGUUUUAAAUGUGGUAAAUUAUAGAUUUGUUUUUUGUUGACUUUGUACCGCGCUUCGAGCCUUUGGGGACGAAGCGUGUUUUUUAAAUGAACUUUAUUAUUUAUUAUUAUUAUUAUAUCAUAUCCAUAGAUUAACCCAUUAUUAUGGUUAUAACAAAAUAGAAAACUGUCUCACUCUAGUGGACUGAUUUAUGGGAAGUUUAUCGAAUUUUGUAAAACCAGUUUUCAUAAGGAUUAAAAAUGUAACCACUGACAGGUGUAAGUGUAGUUUAUCAAAAGAAGAAACUUAUAAUUUAGAAUACGAGUGGGAAAAGUAGUGGAGGAACAUUCCAGUGGGGAGUUGGGGGAUGUGUGUUCCAUGGGGGCAGUAGCUGAUGAAAGGAUUGUGCAAAUUUAAAAUGAAUGUUAACAUUGUUUUGUUGUUUUCCCCUUCUCUUUAAAAAUAAUUGUCACCUUUAGCAGAUAAGAUUCCUAUUUUAGAAUGAAGGAAAUCAUUUUAAAAAAAUAUGAAACUAAGUUUUGUUUUGUUUCCCCAGAAAAUUUGCUGAAGGUUUUACUGCUGAUUCAGAGUUGUAUUUUUUCUUUUUUAUCUCUGGGAAAUAUUUUCAGGUAAAUUUAUUACAUUUUUAAUCCUAUAGCUGUCAUGGGUGAUCAUCGGUCGUUAAACCCCUUUCUGUGGUCAUGGUUGAUAGUAUCGCCUGCUAGCAAAAUCAUCACUAAAAAUGUGAAUGAUUUAAUGUAUAUCGGUCAAGAGAAAAUGACCAUAUAAAUGAGAUUGCUUCCGAUUUACGCUUCUAUCAGUGUGUUAAUGUGCUUUUAUCAGAGCUUUUUUUUGUGAUUUAACUGGGUGUAAAAUUUGCAAAAAAAAAUUUGGCCACCAUAGUGUCUGAUGCUGGAGAGGGUUCCCCUCUAGAUUUCAAAAUCAGCACAGACUUUCUUGUUUGGAAUUAUUUGAAAGGAAUUGAAAUGAAAGCAAAGAUUCUGAGAUAUUCCACGCGCUAAUGAUGACAGUUUUAGCUCUUGCGGUGAUAUGGAAAUUUUAGCUCUAAUCUUAGUCAUAUUUUUACAGACAAAUUUAUUUGGGAAAGGGUUUAAAUCAAAUAGAAAAGAUGAAGAUUGGUUUCCCAAAGACUUACCCUAAAGAGAUUCAAAGACAGCUAUGUUUGUGUAUCCUCUUGAGCAUUAAUUCAUUAAAAAAAUUGAUUUAAUAACUUCAUUUUAAAAGUAAUUUUUGAAGUGAUUUCUUGCCCUCCCCCUUACAUUUUUUUAUGACAGGAAUUUUAAGGUAGUGAAUGAAAAAAUUCACCAAUAUUACAAUCUUCAACAUAAGUACCUAUAUGGUGACAUUUUCUGAAAGGAAAUAUUGCUUUUAGUAUCUCAAAAACUUGAUUUUAUGAUAGGUUGAACGAGUGAUGGAGUCCUAGUAUUAGGAUGGGUUAAAUUCAUAAGUUGAGUAUUAAAAUUUUACUCACACUUAAGGAGCCAGAAUGAUCAAUACAUGGAUCGUGGGUUCUCAAAAUAUAGAAGAAGAAGAAGGGUCAAGGUCAAAAUCAACAUACAUAAUAUCAACAUUCAUUAUAUAAAAACAAAUUAUUUUCAUACCAUAAGAUAACUUGUCCAAUGUACUUUCAAAAACUGUAUAAUUGUACGGGUCGUUGAAUUCAUUUAGAAUAAGAUUGUCAUUUUUGAAAAGCAUUUGAAAAAGCUAAAAAUAGCUUGACACUAUAGAAAAUGAACUUGAUAGUAAUAGGGUUUAAAGCCAGUUAAUUAGAAGAAACUAAUUGACUGUAAAAUUAUUUUUAGUAGAAGAAUUUGACUCAUUAUUGCUAAUUUUGAAUAAAUCUAGGCAUAACAUGUGCUCUUGCGAUAUGCACAUCAUAUUUAUUUUGUUCUUGACACUAUCAUAUUGUCACGUAAGGAUCUGACUUAACUGCGUAACAAAAAUGUUUAUUAUUAAUAUUAUCAUUUUUUGGACUCGGGAAGUUUGUGUAAAUAUAUUAUCAAUUUGACCUUAUUCAUGAUUAGACAUUAUUGAAUUUAGUUUUAUUAAAAGUAUAGUGAGACUUAAGUGCUUUAUGUGAAAGGAUUUGUUCUGAGUAGUGCGCAGCCAUUUAAACUUAACACUUUUACACGGCAGAACAGUUAGUAAAGUUGGUAAACCUCAACUGUGAUAACUGUUUUGCUGUGUACAAGUAACUCAAUAAACAAGAUGAGUUAGUGAUCUCAUUUAUGAGAAACAACACAAUGAGCAUUGCAAGCAACAAGUUUUAAUACUUUGCUAAUUUGCUUUUGGAUUGCAUUUUUCCCCAGUUCUAUGAAGAGAGAUGGACACUCGAACCAAAACAAUACUGAGAUUUUCAAACUGCCUUAUCUUCCACUGCUGAACCUGUCGGAGAGCAUUUACAUCUGGGGUUUCAUUCCACUGGGUCUAUUCAACAGUCUUGGAUUUUGGCUUUGGAACAUAGGAGAGCGCUAUCCCUUCCUUCCUUUGAUGCUAACCUCUGUGUAUUGUUCACUGGGAAUAAUAUACUCCUGGCUUGAAUUCUACAGACUGGCGUUAACAGAUGGUGACACACAGCUCUACAAGUUUAUCCAGCAGUUUUCAGAACAUUCUCUGUCUGCAUUGGGCAAUCGAUAUAAAUAUUUCCAGCACGAUGGAGCAGAGAGCAGGCAAAAUAAAUUUAAUAAAAAUAAAAGGAAGCACUGAUGUGAAGAGAAA